UACUAACCUAACUGCUGGGUCUUGUCCAUCUCGCUGAUCGAUUCUGAUAUGCAAUGGGCGUGUAGCAGGAUAUUAAAAGGCUCCACUACGCAUCGGCUACGAGGAAAGGCAGGCCGGAAUCGAUAGUCAGAAGUAAGAAGUCAGGUCGACCGCCAUGGCGCCCGGGCCACUUAACCCUGUGACGGUCAUGGAGCAGUGCCAGGUCUCGCCGUCGCCGUUGCCAUCGCCGUUGCCACCGGCCGUGAAGCCACAGACACUGCCGCUCACCUUCUUCGACCUCGUCUUCUGGGACGUCCCGCCCGUGCAGCGCCUCUUCUUCUACGACAACGCCGACCCCCUCGGCGCACCCGAGUUCCUCCUCCACGAGCUGCGCCUGUUCGAGAAGUCCCUGGCCGCCGCGCUGCACCACUUCUAUCCCUUGGCCGGGACGCUGGUGUGCAGCAUACCGGAGGCCGGGGCGCCCGAGGUCGUGUUCUCGGACGGCGACUCUGUCCGCCUCACGGUUGCGGUCGGCGGCGAUGACUUCCAGGACCUCGCCGGCGACCACGCGCGCGACACCGCGAGGCUCCGUCCGCUGCUGCCUUCGCUGCCGAGACACGGCGGCGGCGGCGGCUCUCGAUGCAGAACUCAGGACGUAUUUGCCGUCCAGCUCACCGUGUUCCCUCACGCCGGUUUGUGCAUUGGCACGACGCUGCACCACGCCGUGGCCGACGGUUCCAGCUACGUGCACUUCAUGAGGACGUGGGCCGCCAUCCACCGCCUCGGCCCCGGGUGCGGCGGGAAGUGGGCCGCGGUGGACGCGCCCCCGCUGCUCGACCGCAGCGUCGUGCGAGACGAGAACGGGCUCCGCGAGGUGUUUCUCCGCGACCACCGGGCUCACGAGGCGGCCGGCGGCAAGCGGCUCCACGGCUGGGACCUCGGUCAACGUCCGGGCGCCGCUGGCCUCGCGACGUUCCGGUUCACGGAGAAGCUGCUCCGUGGGCUCGGAAGGCAGGUGGAGUCGGAGACCACGGCGCGGCGGUUCGCCCUACGCGCUGGCUUUCGGUGCUGUCUGGACAGGCAUCGUGCACGCGCGCGGCAGCAGCGCCAGCUUCGGGGUUCGUGACCGGGUGCAAGCCCCGCGCG